UCUAAAUGGAUGGUGUUUUAUCGUUACAACAUAGCUGUAAUGUAUGCAACCAUUCGAAUUAGAUAUCAGUAUUCAGUUUGCCAAGUUUCACCUAAAAGUAAAAAGCAUUUGAAUUCCAUAUUGAAAAAAGUAUUUUUAUUCCAGUUAAAAUUAGGAAUUCCGUUAAAAGAAAAUAUAUUACAAAAGUUUGGCUGGAUCUUUGUGUUUCUGCAACAUGGGAAGAGCCGACACAGCAGUGACUCUGAUGCUAAUAUGUGUUCAGUUUGCCUUUGCUGAAACACAAGUUUACCCCGGAGAACAUUUUAACUGUAAUAGAUAUAUUGAUUAUGUGAUGAAAGAAUGGUCCUGCAGACCAGAGGGAUUGUUUGAUAUUUCUGAUGACGUCAUGGAUGAUGGUAUUUUCACACGAGAAGAACUUCUUGAAGAAAUAAGUGUAAGAUGCAGUAACGUGACUCUAAUUGAAAGAUACAUUAACUGCUUCGAAGAACUAGCUGUCGAAUGUCCACUACAAUAUUUGCCUGUCCUGAAUCUCGUUAAUGAGAAAAUACAGAUGUUUUGUGACGGCACAGAUAUGUCGACAUGGCUUUUGACAACGUUAGAAAACGGAUAUACCUACAACAAAGAGUGCUUCUCAGUAUCGAGCGUGUUGGUGGAAUCUUGUGCACAAGAGCUGUCUGCUACCUACCAACAUCUUGACGUUAAUAUGACAAUGACAACGGCGCUUGAGAUGCUACCGCAGGCAGUUUCAGAUAUGUUCCAAUGUACGAAGAACAAAUUUUCAAUAAUACCAACUUCAUAUCAAGAAUGUGGAAGUUCCUGGACAGACAUGCUCCUGACUACAUGGCUACAGUUUUCCUCCACAAUGGGUCUUGGAGCGUACCUUUCGCAUGAAGAGAAAAUGCAGUUACAGGCCCUGAAGACUGGACAAAGCGACUAGAGACACCUACAACUUAUACUAACUGUCGAAGGAGAUAAUGAAAAAAAAAAAAACUAUAGUUAUUUCCUCUGUUUAAUUGUAGAACAGUUCAGAUGUUCAAAUGGGCGUUGAAUGUACAUAGUACAAUACUAUGAUGAUAUGUACAGACAAACAAGUUUGUUAAAAAAAAUCUCAGACGGUUUUGUUUGUAAUAAUUUUACAGUGUCGGAUGUUGUGAUAGAGAUUUUCAAGGUGGAAUUCUUCUAGUAGAUUUCCAACAAAAGACAAUAUCUGCAGGUUUCUUUUGGCAAACAGUUCUUUUUCAUGAAAAUGUCACUUUUUCGAGAUAAAAUGAUUUCGUUAAGAUUUACACCGAGACAGCAUUUUAAUCGUUAUCAAACUUCCUUGAAUUGCCUUUGUGAAUUUUCCUUAAAUUUUAGUUGGAAACUGUAGAAGUUCUGCUCAUUAACUAUACCCUGCCUAGCGUUUGCAAUCAUGUCUAACGAUAAUUUAAGUUUUCAAAUUAUGAUACUUGGUAUAUCUUAAGUUGUUAGUGGGCCUAACAAUCUACCGAUACGCAAUGUGCACUAGACUGGUCACCUUUUAGGCGAAACAUAAUAGUUAAACUGUGCUCUAAGCUGCUCUGCAUUACUGUCGAUUACUGUAGCUCAAAUGUUCUUCUUGAAAGAAAUCAUAAAAUUUCUCACUAAAUCAAUCAACAUUUGCAUCUGAUUACAAUAACAGAGUACAAGGUGAAAACGAAAGAAGUCUGGCUCUGGGUUCGACCAAGUUUUCCCAUAUAGCAAGAGACUGAUUUGAAAUAGUUAUACUGUAGCAUGUGUUGAUCCCUUAUUUCACACACAGGCAAACUUUUGCAUUCACUUUUAAUCAUAAAUGUUUGCAUAGAAAUAUAAUAUAUGAAGGAGCAAAACAGCAUUUACGUAUUGUUAAAAGCAAUGAUCUAACACCAUCGGAAAGCAGAUAUCGGCAUUAAUUUGUUGCCAAUGUCCAUUAUUGCCACAGGUCGGUGUUUCAAUUUUACGACUUGACUUAUAAAUAAAAUUGUGUCCUAUACAAUAAAAUCUGUAAAAAAAUCCUUUGGAAGCAUAGAAUGCAACCAAUAAGAGUAAUGGCAGACUCUGUUUGAUUGGGUCUGUUAAUGAGAAGUAAUGAAAUGUGCAACACCUCUCACGUCCCCUAGCACCGGCUUAAGCGGAACUCUAUUACAAAUAUGAUAAAAGGACUCCAAGAUCCCAAAGGACCAGAAAAUAUAACAACACUGAAUCCAAGUACGGGGAAACUGAAAGUGUGUUUCAGGAAAUUAGAUAAGAACAGUCAGUCUUCGGGUUGUCCCGUUAAAAGUUAGGACUCUAUAGCUGUGUCAGGUGGAUAUGGCGAUUUGUAAAGAAGAGAGCAACACAAGUUUGACAAAUAUCGACAUUAAUUUUGUCGCAAAUUUAUUUAUUGCCACAGAUCGAUGUCUCCGUUAGACUACUUGGCUUAUCGAGAUGCAAACAUUUUAGCCCCAAUCGCCGUGUGUAACACUAAAUUUUCGAGCAUCAGAUACUAGUACUAGAUUUAUUAUAUAAAUUGGUCAAUUUAGACCAAUCAAGAGCCGUUGUCAAUCCCCAGCUGUUAACGCUCAGACUGUUACUAGAAUAUUUUACAUAGCAGAAAAUUCAUCAUUUCUUUUGUCGACCUGUAACUUUAACAGUAACUAUUUACAUUUAAAUGACAUUUCGGCUACAAAGAUAUUUAUUGAGGAUUGAUUAUAGGUAGACAUUUGAAUACAAUAUUAGCGGAUAUAUUGAUACAAAUAAAGACACAUCAUGCAUUCCUAGGUUUUGUUAAUAGAAACGCUUUUCUAACAGGUAAAUGACGUUCUGGGAAUAGGUUGAACAUUUUGACAUUAUAACAGUUGCAUUUAAAAUGAUUGGAUUGAUUACGCUUACAUGUAGUGAUCAUUAUAAGUAGCGAGAUAUGUAUUUGGCAACAUUGGGUGAAAGUAUAAAUCUUAUUCCGGAAAUUUACAAUGACGUUAAUGGCCCGAGAGAUGUCAGUCAACAGGAAACGCGAACUUUGGUAUGUGUGGAGUUUGUCAGGGUAAUAGUAGCACAUUGUUGGUGAGAAUAACUAGUUUCAAUUUGAUUCAAUUUGAUCAUAUUUUAGUGAAAUAAAUGUAGUAUGAUAUACGAUUAAAAGGAAAAGAAGAGAGAUUUUUCAUUUGUCCGUUACGUUUUGCAUAUGGGUUAUAAAUAAUUAUUAUUUAUAAAUAAAGGAAACUGCUAUAUUCUUAUUAUGACAAAAUCCUGUUUGCAACUAUGAAACUCAAUAAAAACGUACAAUU